GGGGCCGCUCCGGCCGCCGGGCCCCGCGGGCAGUUGCCAUAGCGCCGCUGCCGCCGAGCGCCGGCACCGGGACGGGACCGCCCGCUCCAGGCCCGCCGGCCUCGCCGCCACCAGGGAGCAGCUCCUCGGGGGAAAGGUGGGGACAAUCCCGUCACUGCUGGGCUGAUGUCAGGACCAGGACUCACCUACAUGCAAAGGUUUCUAAGCCCCUGCUGGAUCAGAGGUGACAAAGGCGCUGUUCCAAAUGAGCCACGGUGGGCAGCUGAGCAGCACUUCCUGCCCUGUUGUCACCUCCCUGGCAGCCCUGACCCGUGUUUCCCUGCAGGUACCAUGUGGGCCAGCUGCUGUAACUGGUUCUGUGUGGAUGGCUCCCCUGAGGAGAUGCAGCCCCCGCCGGCAGCUCGAGCCCAGGCCUACUCCAACCCCGGCUACAGCUCCUUCCCCUCUCCCACUGCAGAGCAGAGCUGCAAGGCCUGCGGGAUGCACUUCGACAGCUCCUCCAGCAAGCACAUCUGCCUGGACUGUAAGAAGAAUUUCUGCACGUCCUGCUCAAACCAGGCCGAGGGCGGGCCCCUGCUCUGCCACCUGUGCCAGCGGUUCCGCGCCACGGCGUUCCAGCGGGAGGAGCUGAUCAAGAUGAAGGUGAAGGACCUGCGGGAUUAUUUGGCGCUCCAUGAGAUUUCCACAGAGUUCUGUCGUGAAAAGGAAGACCUGGUAUUCCUGAUCCUUGGCCAGCAGCCUGCAAUCACCCGGGAAGAUCAGAUAAGAACAAACACGUUUAAUACCAGUGCCCCUGGACAGCAGGACUUUGUGAGUCACCCCCCAACCAACCUGGCCUCUCCUACCUCACACGAUGAGUCCUCAGUGUCUGCAGAUCCCAUCUCAAGUUCAGAAGCUCAGGAACACCAACAGGCCAAUGGUCAUGUGCCUCCGAGCCCGGCCUAUGGAACAGCAGCUGAGAAUGCAGCAGAGGAAGCAGCAGCAGAGGACGAGAUAGAGUCCAGUGACUCCGAGGAUAACCUGGUGCUGGGCAGGAAGGCCUCCCUGUCCGACCUGACGAGCAUCGGCGACAUCAACGCGCUCUCGGUGCGGCAGCUGAAGGAAAUCCUCGCCCGCAACUUCGUCAACUACAAAGGCUGCUGUGAGAAGUGGGAGCUGCUGGAGAGGGUCACUCGCCUCUACAGAGAGAAGGACCUGCAGCACCUGGUUUCGGACACCGACGAUCAAACUGGUGGCGCUGGCCCCCCCGGCACCGAGGACAACCUGUGCAGGAUCUGCAUGGACGCUGCCAUCGACUGCGUGCUGCUGGAGUGCGGGCACAUGGUGACGUGCACCAAGUGCGGCAAGCGCAUGAGCGAGUGCCCCAUCUGCCGCCAGUACGUGAUCAGGGCCGUGCACGUCUUCAGGACAUAGAGGGGCUCUGGGCUCAGGCCUGCCGUGCCUUAAAGCCUCAGUGCCACAGCCCCGAGUGACCCUGGAGAUCAGCAGGGACUCCUGCGAGGGAGGGGAGGAGGAACCUGGGGAAAGCUGCUCUGCUCAAGCCACACCUCUGCUCAUCCCACCAUCGUGCUUUACACCACAGUGCCUGGACUCCUCGGAGAGCAUUGCCAGCAAUCAUUAACCACCUCCAUCCUAGGGUGAUUUGAGGACAGAUGGAUGCCCAGCUUUCCACCAGGAAGAUCAGCUCCAGAGGCUUUGUAUAUUCCUCUGAAUAAUAAAAGUGAACUGGGGUCUCAAAAAGUGUCCUUUGUUUUGCUGCUCAGGCUAUGCCCGGCAACAACUUGGUUUUCAAAGAUUAAAAUGUCACUGUGCUUGUUAAUUUUACUUUUAUUUUUAAUUUAAUGUAAAAUUGUUGUGCUUGCAGGACAGGCAGACUGCCCCUGCUUUCCCUAAUUCCAGCCUAGUGCAAUUGUGGAAAAAUGUGGAAUUUUAUAUCAAGGUUGUCUUUGUAUUAUUGAAAACUGUUGCAGAGGGAGGCUGGGAAGGCUCAGCUCUGCCCUGUGUGCUGGGUUUUGUUUCUGUGCCAGAGGGAGGGUUCUGGUUUGAUUUUGUCGACUUUGACUUCGCAGCACGUGCCAGAGGUGGGGCUCAAACUGAGUUGCCCUCAUUUGCUGAGGGAGUAACAAAUCCAAGGCUUGAGACUUCCCCAGGGCUCAGUGAGGAAACUGCAGAGCUGUGAGGACUCCACUGCUACACAAUCAUAUUUAAGUAAAGGUGACAUUUUCUUUUUUUAGAAGGGAAUCAUGGAAGAAAGCCUGUGUCUCCCUUGGAUCCAUGAGCAAUCUGCACUGCACAUCAGCUUCCCCCAUCCUCCCCAGGGCUCACCUGUACAGUUCUGUCACCUUCCACUGCUCAUCAAAAGCAUUUUGUCCUUUCUUCUGGUGAGGAUGAGGGGGCUGUGGCCUGAUCCCUGACAGCUCUCCUGGCCCGUGUGUCCAGCUGGAAGAGACUUGCUGGAGGUGAUGGUGACUGGUGCAUUUUCCCUUCCCUUCCUGCACAGCCUCAGCCUCCUGCUGCCCUGAGUGUCCCUCAGAUGGGGCUGUGCAGGCAGCAGUGAGGGGAGAGCCCCUGGGCAGAGCUCUCCUGGCUGCUGUGGGGACGGGGACGGCUCCCUGUUCCAGCAGAGAACAGCACAGACCCCGUGAGUCCCCCCAGUGCAGCUGCAGGGACAGCACCAAAGCUCCUGUGCAGGGGCAGUGACAGCAGCAGUGCAUUCCCCGUGUGUGUUCUGAGCAGGGCCAGCUGCAGGAGCAGCAGCUCAGCUGCAGGGAGUGCUGCAGCCAAACAGCUCCUGAGAUGAGGAAUCCACGGCUCAGGGGGAGCAGGAGAGGUGUGGAUUUCUCACUGAGGGGGCUCCACAAACCUGCAGCAGUUCACUGAACUCAGCAUUCUGAGUCCUGCUCUGUCCCAGGUCAGGCUGUUCUUUAAUCUUUGAGGUUUAACAGAUCCAGCAUGUGAACAAACUGCACAAGUCAGUGCAGGAUGACAGAAAAGAGGGCAGGUAAGAAGUGACUCUGUUUGCUCUGGAGAGGGCACAGGGACCUUGAGGAGCUGCAGGAAUACAAAUAGUACUGAACAGCCUCAUUUAGCAAUUCACUGUGAAAAUUCAUGUUGUCAUAUUUUUCAAUAAACUCAGGGCUGGGGGAAUUUAGCAGGAAGAAGAUGAUUCCCCUAUGGAUAGAUGUACUUUUCCUUGUAGAGGGUAGGCUUGUUUUCUACAGCAGAUAAAUCAAGCUGCAGAUCAAUGCCUGAAAUUUUAGGGAUGAGAAGAUCCACCCACCCUGUGACUCCAAAAUGUGCUUUGUGAAGGGAGGACUCUUCUUGUCUCCCUUGUAGAGAUGGAUUCUCCCCUUAUGGACACAAGUGAGUUGUUUUUAAAGGAAAAUCAAAACCUGGAGGAAACUGAUUAAUGAUCCAAAGGAAUAUAAUGUUCUGAACUAAUAAAGUAAAUGGAAAUAUUUAUGUGCUUUAUGUACACUGUACAUUGUUUAAAGAGUUUAAAAGUUAAUAUUCUAUGUGAAAGGGCACGUUAUUCACUAUUAAAUCCUCUGGUACUAUGACAGUUAAACUUACUAGUUUUGGUACAGAAGUUUGGGUUUAUAAUUUUAUAAUAAAGCUGGAAUGUGAUUUAGUCAA